AUGCGCCGUCUGUUGUGCCUCACGGCGCUGCUCCUCUGCUGCGCCGGCGGCUCCCUCGCCAUGACGGAGCGCCACCACUGCAUAUUCGACUAUGUCCCGGCUCUGUUCAGNGUGCGGUCGGCUGCUUUCGUGGCGGACAGUACUGAAGCCGCCAGUGUGGAGUCGUUGGACAACCAGUACAAGACCGAGGAGCUUGGUGCUUCCGAACAUGCCUCCAGUGUGCCGGAUGCACGUGCGUUGACCGUCACGGAUUUACCCAACAACAAUGAGUGGAGCGCUAUCCGCAUCAACGUGACGACGAAGGAUCUGGAUGAGGAUGGCCGGCACUGCACUAAGGCGGGGACAACGAUCACGACCUUCGGUGGAAGGACGUGGGACUGCACGGAGAAGGAUGUUCUCACGGAGAAGAAGAAGAAUGUCCUGGUUAAGAGUAUUCUCCCCGCUGCUGUCAAGCUGCACACCGAGCGCCUGUUUGUGAGGCGCAGAAGUGGAUCCUUGGUUGUUCCGGCGUUCAGCAAUGUGACGGUCUGCGGCCAGUUUAAAGUGCCGGGUGAACACAGAAGUGACGCUGGUGUGCCCGAGGCUGACAUUGUGCUGUACGCCUCUGCUGCACCGACGUUGACCUCUGCCUUUGCGUGGUCGGCUGUUUGCGCGGUCGACACCGAUGGGCGUCCGGUGGUUGGCGUGGUCAACUUCAACCCGCGGCACAUCCCGGAGGACGGUGCGACACCUCAGGCCAUUCGGGUUGCUGCGCACGAGAUGGCGCACACGCUUGGGUUCAACCUGCAGAACCUCAAGGGUGAGAAACUGAAGGUGGAGAAGAGAACUGUGCGCAAUAAAUCGAUGCAUUUCGUGACGUCCAACAACACGCGUGCCAUGGCGGCGCGGCACUACGGCUGCGGAAGUAUCUUUGGCAUGGAGCUGGAGGACGAGAUGACGUGGACGCCGACUCCUGCGGAAGAAUCACUCUUGAUGCGUUCGAAGAUGCCACAUGGGUCGUACAGAGAAUCUUCGAAGAAUGAUAUGGCCAAGGCGUCGUACUCUCACGAGGACAUCAGAGUGGAUGCGGCCGGCCGCGCUGAGGCGUAUGACUGGGAUAUGCCUGCGAGGCUGGGCUACAACUCGCACUGGAAGCGUCGCAACGCGAAGGACGAGCUGAUGGCCGGCCAUGUCGGUGCCGGCUACUACACGGCGAUGACGAUGUCUGUGUUCGUGGAGCUCGGCUACUAUCGCGCCAAUUGGAGCAAGGCGGAGCCGAUGCGGUGGGGCAACAAGGCGGGGUGCGAGCUGUUGGAGAAGAAGUGCGUCGAUAAUGGGCACACUGAUUACCCUGGCAUGUUCUGCACCGAGGCCUCCGCGACGCCGAAGUGCACGAGCGACUUUCAGGCGUUGGGUGUGUGUGCCAUUGAGGGGAACAAUGGGAAUAUUCCCCUGCGGUUUCAGCACUUCAACGGUUAUGUCACGGGGGGCGGUCAUAAAGCUGAUCUGACGGAGUACUGCCCUGUCAUUGCGGCCGGUGCAGGCACUGGGUGUAUGAGCGGCAACGCGAGCACGAUGCUGGGGAGCAUUGUUGGCCCAUCGUCGCGGUGCGUGAGGGGGAAUGACCUGAAGGUUGGCGCCCAGGAAGUUGGGGACGUGUGCGUGGAGAUGGCAUGCGAGUACGGCUCCGUGUACGUCCGCUACGCUGGUGCCCCCACGUACUACUUGUGCCCGCAGGGGAAGUUCCUGAAGGUGCGGGGCGACUUUGCUGCGGGUGGCAGCAUCGCCUGCCCGCGGUACGACGACGUGUGCACCACCAUGCUUCCGCUGGAGGGGGGACACAGCGAUCUCAACGCGCCACCGUCGCUGUCCGCAAUGGACAUGUCCGCGACCUUGAUCAAUAUGGCCGUCGAAAGGUACUACGAGGACUCGGUCACCGCCACGGGCCCUGUUGAAGUGGGACGUGACGGCAUACGUGGCGUGAAGGGCAUUUCUACGCCAGCUGCCGGCAAUGGCGGCGUGGCAGGGGGAGCACAUGGUGUCGCUGUGGCGACGGGGAAAAUGGGACCUGCUGCGAGGAGGGCUGGUGGCCUGGACGGUGCUGUGACGCACGCCACCACUGGCACAGCGAGUGAUGCCAGUGUCAGUGGUGCUGUGGAGGGUCCGGGCUCCAGUAGUGAGCGCAAGAAGCUCGUCGCAGCCCGCGGCAAUAACAUCCUGCUUGGCCCGAACGCCGACGGCAGCGUUGCUGCUGCUGUAUUUGCGUCGCUCCUGUUCGUUUUCGUUGCCGCUUCGGUGGUGGUGGCGCCCUGA